UUAAACAGCAGCGCCAGGCGGCUCUCGCUCUUCAACUGCCAGGGAGAAACACUCGGGGUGGGUUAGUAGCUGACAGCAAGAGUGGAAGUCAUUUAAACAAGAUUUGCUCUUUUCCGACACCAAGCAAGUCAGAACUACAGAAAUCCCUCUACUCCCGAUUUUCUGUUCACGGGAUUUCUCUCUUUCCCUUGCCGACACUGGACAAGGAUCUUUGGGAAUUAUACCACGGUGGUGAGUGUCUCAUUAAGGUCUGCCCUGUGAUAGAAGAGGAAAUGCCCACCCUGCUGACUCUCCUGUGCUGAAUCAUCUCUAGCUGCCUGCCCCGCCCAGUCACCACCCCACCCCGCUCCCCUGCUGGAGCACAGAAAACAGAGCCCGAAACCUCACCAGGUUACAAAAUCGGGACUCCAUCCCACCCAGCCACCUAACAGAGAAUCCGAACCCUGGGACCGAGCUAUGUGAGUACAGCGUUGCCUCAAGGGCCAACCGGACCACGGACGCGCGACCCGCUGGGCCUGGCCGGAUAGAACCAGCGCCACGGGUCUGUUAUGGACUUGGGAGUUUGCACACAGUGAACUGCAGCUUUUCCGACAAACUUCAUGAUGGUUCCAGUUCUGUUUUUAGUUGCGGCGACAAUAACAUCCAAUAAUUCAUCCAGUGAAAAUCACACAACAGAGAACCCGGAGCCCCCGAGCCCUCACAUCCUCCCGACCGUGCUGGUCGUGUCCCUUCUGCUCGUCAUCGUCGCCCUCCUGGCGUGGUACUUCCUCAGGAUAAGAAACCAGAGGAAGGCAGUGGUCACGACAGUGGACAAGAAGAUGCCAAAUGGCAUUUUGGAAGAACAAGACCACAGUAAGGUGCCUGGAGGCAGUUGUGGAGAGGUAAACACAUCUCCCCCACAAGAGCAACAGACGGUGGUGCUGCUCCCGAGAUCGCCCUCCGCCUCCAAGACGUACCUCCCCAUCCCCGUGGAGUCCCUGGAGGAAGAGUACAGGGUGCGCUCGGCUGACGAGGGCAAGCUCUUCCGCGAGGAGUUUAAUUCUUUGCCUGGGGGCUACACACAAGGAACAUUUGAAGAGGCCAACAAAGAGGACAACCGGGACAAGAACCGAUAUCCCAACAUCCUUCCAUAUGAUCAUUCCAGGGUGGUUUUAUCACAAAUCGAUGGCAUCCCAUGCUCAGACUAUGUGAAUGCCUCAUACAUUGAUGGUUACAAAGAAAAGAACAAAUUCAUUGCAGCACAAGGACCAAAGCAGGAUACAGUAGCUGACUUCUGGAGGAUGGUAUGGGAGCAAAAAUCUGCAACUAUCGUGAUGCUGACAAAUCUGAAAGAAAGAAAAGAAGACAAGUGUUAUCAGUAUUGGCCUGACCAAGGUUGCUGGACAUACGGGAAUGUGCGGGUUGCCGUGGAGGACUUCACCGUGCUGGUGGACUACACCAUUCGAAAGUUUUGUGUGCAAUAUGCCAGCGAUGGCUCCAAGACCACCCGACUGGUCACCCAGCUGCACUUCACCAGCUGGCCAGACUUCGGUGUCCCCUUUUCCCCCAUCGGCAUGCUCAAAUUCCUCAAGAAGGUGAAGACGGUCAACCCGUCCUUUGCUGGGCCCAUUGUGGUGCAUUGCAGUGCGGGUGUGGGCAGGACAGGGACCUUCAUUGUCAUCGACGCCAUGAUCGACAUGAUGCACGCGGAGCAGAAGGUCGACGUCUUCGGCUUUGUGUCCAGGAUACGAGAGCAGCGCUCGCAGCUUAUCCAGACGGACAUGCAGUACUCCUUCAUCUACCAAGCGCUGCUGGAAUACUACCUCUAUGGAGACACGGAGCUGGACGUCUCCUCUCUGGAGGGCCAUCUGCAGAAGCUGCACAACACCUCAGCGCCGUUUGACAGAAUUGGACUGGAGGAGGAAUUCAAGAAACUUACAAACAUGCGCAUAAUGAAGGAGAACAUGAGAACGGGGAACCUUCCCGCCAACAUGAAGAAGAACCGCGUCCUCCAGAUUAUCCCGUAUGACUUCAACAGAGUAAUUUUGUCUAUGAAAAGAGGCCAAGAAUUCACGGACUAUAUAAACGCAUCUUUUAUAGAUGGCUACAGGCAGAAGGAUUACUUCAUCGCCACCCAGGGACCCCUGGCCCACACGGUGGACGACUUCUGGAGGAUGGUGUGGGAGUGGAAGUGUCACUCCAUCGUCAUGCUGACAGAGCUGCAGGAGCGGGAGCAGGAUAAAUGUUUCCAGUACUGGCCAACAGAGGACAGUGUAACGUAUGGAGAUUACACUGUAGAAAUCAAGAGUGACACUUUGUGUGACACCUUUAGCCUGCGGGACCUUGUGCUAACGUAUGGCCCGGAAAAGCAGACGCGGCUGGUUCGGCACUUCCACUUCCAUGGCUGGCCAGAGAUCGGCAUCCCAGCAGAGGGAAAAGGGAUGAUCGACAUCAUCGCCGCGGUGCAGAAGCAGCAGCAGCAGUCCGGGAACCACCCCAUUAUCGUGCACUGCAGUGCUGGCGCCGGGCGGACAGGUACGUUCAUCGCUCUGAGCAACAUCCUGGAGCGGGUCAAGGCCGAGGGCCUGCUGGAUGUGUUCCAGACCGUCAAGAGUUUACGAAUGCAGAGACCGCAUAUGGUGCAGACCGUGGAACAAUAUGACUUCUGCUACAGAGUGGUACAGGACUUUGUUGAUAUUUUCUCCGACUAUGCCAAUUUCAAAUGAAGAAAUCUGCCUUAAUCAUGUAUGUUCAAGCGUUUGUUUAAAAAA